AUGUUCCUCCGCAUCCUGCUCCGGCGGCUUCUCACUGUCCUUCUCCCGCUAUCUGUCGCGUCGGUUCUUUACCUCUACCUGUAUCCGGUCUUUCACGGCUGCGCGUUCCCUCUCCCUAGCAGCAGAACCAAGAGCGACUCUUCCGCCUCGUCGUUUGCGUCCAAUGCCUUCAUAAACACCGUCUUCCAGCACAUCACCACAAACGGGAACCACCCUGCACCGGAACCUGCAAUCUUCCGACUCCUCGUUUUCGCAGACCCUCAGAUCGAAGGCGACAGUUCGCUCCCCGGGCCGGACGAUGAAUUCGUUUCGCGUCUGCGCCGGCAUUGGGCUGCUAUCACGGCAGCGCUGAGGACGACGGCAGCGCUGAGGACGACGACGGAUGGGAAUUCGAAUUCAACCACCGCCUCCUCCUCCCUCUCCUCCGAUGAUAAUAACACCGUAUCGCCGGAUUCUCCUGACCGGCCGGCACCGUUCCUCUCCGUCCUCCAGUCCGCUCUUCGAGCCGUCAUUCUCGACGAUAUCCCCUCUGCGCUUCGCGCGGCGCGAAAACGCUUGGAUCUGUUCGGGAACGACUACUACCUGGCGCAUAUCUACCGGACGCUGCACUGGUGGAGCCGUCCGACGCACGUUGCGGUGUUGGGCGAUCUGAUUGGGAGCCAAUGGGUGUCGGACAAGGAGUUCGAGCAGCGGGGAUGGCGAUACUGGAACCGCGUCUUUCGCGGAGGGGAGCUGGUGAGCGAUGAUAUUACCAUUACUGGGAAGAAGAAGAAGAGAGAUCAGAAAGAAGGGGAUGAUGGGGAGCAGGCACCCCGGCUGGAGGUGCUGCAGCGAUACGACUCUCCCUGGGCGAGGAGGAUCAUCAACGUCGCUGGGAACCAUGACAUUGGGUAUGCGGGUGAUGUGAGCGAAGCCCGGUUGGAGCGCUUCGAACGCGUCUUUGGCCGUCCGGAUUGGGAUGUGCGGUUUCAGCAUCCGCUCGAGGAGGGCAUUUCCUCUAAUUCUACAGUCACAUCGUCGCCUACCCUCCACAUCAUCAACUUGAAUGACCUGACGCUCGACACUCCCGCGCUCGUGGAACAGAUCCAAUCCGACAGCUACGACUAUAUCAACGGGCUCAUCAACCACCGCUCCUAUCCUGUCGAGGAUCGCACCUCAUUCACACUCCUCCUGACGCAUGUGCCCCUACACAAGCGCGAGGGCGUCUGCACUGACCCGCCAUAUUUCACUUUCCACGAGGAGGACGACCAGUAUGGCGAAGACGGCGUCCCGCGCUUCAAGAGCGGUGGACUGAGGGAGCAGAACCACCUCAGCGAGCACGUCAGCGUCAAUGCCAUCUUGCAAGGGAUCUUUGGCAUGAGCGGGGACGAAAACACCGCGGGCGGUGGACGGGGUCGAAAGGGGCUUAUCCUGACGGGACACGAUCACACCGGCUGUGACGUUGUCCAUUUCGUCAAUCGAUCUUCUCGUCCUUCUGACUCACCUUCCCAGUCCUGGCACUGGGACGCAACACGCUACUCUCCAUCUGCCUUGUUAUCACCAUCACCAUUGAAGGAAUCUCCCUCAAUCCGAGAGGUUACCCUGCGGUCGAUGAUGGGCGAAUACGGCGGAAACGCCGCCCUCCUGUCGGUAUGGUUCGACCCGGACCCGGCCGUGAAAGAGUGGCAGUACGAGAUCAGCAUGUGUGCCGCGGGCGUCCAGCACAUCUGGUGGGCCGUCCACGGCGUUGCGCUGGCUACGUGUAUUGGGUUGAUUUGGGCCACGGGCUUGUCGAUGGUGCACGCCUUCCAACUUGUUGGAGGGAGAAGCACACCGACAAAAAAGAUGGCGACGAAUAGUCCGAACGGAGGAGUCAAGCAUCCGAUCCAACACGUAGAAAAAGAAAAGAAGUCAACGUCGAACUAA